AAAGCAAAUGCAGGCACCAUCUGAAGAAGUGGCAAACAACAAAUUGUGCCGUCUUUUUGACUGCAGCCAUCUUACUACAUAUGGAGAAACCGUUGAGUCCUUGCAAAUUCAUAACGAAAGGCUCCAGAAUAAUGCAGCCUGCCACGAUGAAGCAACAGGAAGGCCAAGGUUGCGGGCAACAGCACUGGACAGGCAUAAAGAGCUUCGCAGCCUCACCCUGUCGGAUGCUCUUUUACUGUUUCCAUUUCUUGGAACUGAGGCAUUGGAACAAGCCCUGCUCACACCUUGCCUUGUGGAGAAAGGACUUACUCUACACAUUGACGGGGAGCCCGUUUUGAGUGUGCCAUCACUUCUUGCAGGAAUGGCGUGCCUGUUUGCAUCGUUUUGGGUAUUCCAUGUGGAAUACCCAAAAAAAGGCACACAAAAUGCUCACAUUCUUUGAGCACGCGUUCCUACACCUUUCACGCAUGAAGCCGAGUGUCAAAGCUCUGGAACUUAUAAAUUUUUUUAAUGAGUAACAUUAAUUUAGUUUCACAAUUGUAGUUUUGUAGUUUUCUUCAAGUACGUUGUGCAAGCUGGCAUUUUGGACUUCUGUGCCUUGAGAAGAGGUGAAAAAAAAAAGUAUGACAGACAAAUGUUAAUAUUGCAUUUUUUUGUGCAAGGUUUUUUUUUUCUUAAACCUUGGCCAUGUGUCGCAUGUGGAAUACGGCGUGCACUUGUACAACCAAUGUGUACAUUUUUUAUUGCAAACAAGUUCUGUGGUAUCCCGCAAGGUGGAGGAAAGAUUAAGAAAGGGAAAAUAGACAACCACCUGUUUGUAGCAUGAAGCCACAAGAAAAUUCAUGCAGCUUUCUUAGGGAAAAAAAAGCUUCUUCGUUGCCGAAAAAUUCGUCCUAGUUCGGGGUCCCGGACCAGGACGAAUUUUUCGGCAACGAGGAAGCUUUUCUUUCGGCUAAAUCCAUAUGGAUUGCCUUGUGGCUUCGUGCUACAAACGGGUGGUUAUCUGUUUUCUCUUUCUUAACCUUUCCUCCACCUUGCGGGAUUCCACAGAACUCAUAGCUUUUUAGUUGCUGAAAAAUUUUUCCUGGUCCGGGGUCUGGGACCCCAGAAAAGAACGAAUUUUUCGGCAACUAAAAAGCUUUUCUUUCUGAGAAAUCCAUAUGGAUUUCCUUGUCGCUUCAGGCUACAAA